AUGGCGUCCGGGCUUCUAGAAGAAAGUCUCCGGGAUUUACAUGCAAAUUUAAAAGAUGGGGGACAAUCGGAGCUUGAUCAAAUUGAUAGUAUUGUGCCCACACUUUCACAGAUAUGUCUGCACGAGAUUACUGAAAAGGAUAUAGAUUACUGCAGUUCAGUUUUGUUUGACAAGGAAAUUGGUGUUACCACUUUUCUUCAAAAGAUUUCUAAGAAGAAUGAGUACCAAGGAUCUAAUGCCAAGUAUGGUUUGCUGGAAUUGUUAUCAGAUUUUAUUCAUAAAGUUGGAAAAAAGGCUUUACCAUAUCUGGUCGAAAUCAAGGAAGCUAGCUUAUCUAAUUAUAUGACAGAUAGAUUUACUAAGAUUAAAUCUUCAGCUUUACCAGUAUUGAUUAAGGUUUUAGAACUCUCAGUUGGUUCCAACAUGGGAGAAGAUUUGAAAAUUCAGAAAUUCAUUGAGAAGUUUUUCAUGGAAUUAACCAAAGCGUCUAAAUUAACUGCAACAGGCAAGUGA